CUUUGCCUUUCUCCCUCUCCUGUUUCCCUCUCUCUCUCUCUCUCUUCUCUGAGUUCGGAGCCGGAAAAGAGAAAAAUCCCAAACCCCCGCGAUCGCGAUGAUAUAGCGCCGCCGCGGACCGCCGCGAGUCGCCGCCGAUACGCCCGAGCCAUGGCGGACAACCCGACCUCGUCGCCGAAGCCCCAGUCUUCGAACCCGAUGGAUCAGGCGGCCUCGGCGGCGUCAAUUCCCGGAACAUCGCCGAACCCCCAAAUCCCGUCCCAAUCUCCGCUCUCUCACUCCUCGCCUUCAAUCGACCCCGCCCAGAUCAAUUCCCAGAUCUCGUCCCCUCCUCUGCCUCAUUACCCCCAGCAGCAGCAGCAGCAGCAGCAGCAGCAGCAGCAACAGGCGCAGUCGCAGCCACAACCGCAGCCUCAAUCGCUCGUCCAUCAACAGACGCAGCAAUCGUUGGUGCACCAGCAGCAGCAGCAGCAGCAGCAGCAGGCUCAGAAUGUUUCCGCCAUGAACAAUUUCCAAAUUCAGGCGGGUCUUCCGAGAACGCCUUCGAUGUCUAGGUUAAAUCAAAUACAGAUGGGUUUUAUGAGGCAGCAGCAGCAGCAGCAGCAGCAGCAGCAGCAGCAAGGUGGAGUGUAUGGGCAGGUCAAUUUCGGCGGGUCCCAGCAGAACCAGCCGCAGAACCAGCAGAAUCAGAUGGUGACUGGGAAUCUCCCGCGAUCGGGUUUGAUGGGGCAGAGCGGCCAUAUGCCGAUGCUGUCUGGUACGGCCGCCGCAGCUGCUGCUCACAUGAAUUUGCAGUCUCAGAUGUUGAAUUCGCCAAGGCAAAAGGCAGGAUUAAUAUCAGGGAGCCAAUUCCACUCUGGUAAUUUAUCUGGACAAUCGUUGCAAGGGCUUCAAGCGAUGGGAUCAAUGGGCUCCUAUAACUUGAGCUCACCCCUAAGGGUUAAUGGUGCUGCUCUAAGUUAUGGGCCAACGCGGAUGACCACAGGGCAGAUGAGGCAGCAAUUGUCACAGUCCCCUCAAGUUCAAAACCUGCAAAGGACAUCAUCCCUGUUCAUGAAUUCCCCGAUAUCUGGAUUGACUCAAGGUGGACAAUCAGCUAUGAUGCCGAACAAUUUGUCACAACAGCAGUGGUUGAAGCAAAUGCCAAUAUCUGGUGGUCCUGGUUCACCUUCAUUUCGCCUUCAACAGCGGCAGCAACAGGCUCUUUUGCAGCAGCAACUUGCUUCAUCCCCUCAGUUUUCACAAAACCCAAUGGCCCCGAAUCUGCAACAGUUAUCCCAGCUGGUGCAGCAGUCAUCAAUGGGACAUCCACAGCCACAUCAGCAGCAGCAGCAGCAGCAGCAGCAGCAGCAACAACUGCAACAGCAACAAAUGCAUCCGCAGCAGCAGCAGCAGCAGCAGCCUUCUCCUAGGAUGCUGGGACCCGCAGGCCAGAAAUCUCUUAGUUUGACUGGAUCACAGCCAGAUGCUACGGCUUCCGGUACAACACAGGGAGGGAGUUCAAGUCAAGGAACUGAGGCAACUAAUCAACUUCUUGGGAAAAGGAAGAUACAGGACUUGGUUUCACAGGUGGAUCCACAGGGAGUAUUGGAUCCUAAUGUUGAGGAUCUUCUUUUAGAAUUUGCUGAUGACUUUAUUGAUCAAGUAACUACUUUUGCCUGCAGUUUGGCUAAACAUCGCAAAUCAUCGACGUUGGAGUCCAAAGAUGUAUUACUGCACCUAGAAAAAAAUUGGGGUUUGACAAUUCCUGGAUUUUCAAGUGAAGGGCAGAAGCACCUAAAGAAACCUUUAGCUAGUGAGUUUCACAAAAAGCGUCUUGAUAUGGUUCGUGCAUUGAGGGAUUCUACAUUCACGGAAAGAAGUUCAGAUAUAUCUAAAGAAAUAACGAGACAGGGGUCUGACAACAUCAUUGGGCCCAACCACUUAAUAAGGCCUUCACCAAGUUCUGAUCAUUUGGUCACACAAGCAACUGGUUCUCAGAUGCUGCAGCAACUAACGCGUUUUUAAUGUAGCUGAGAUUCCCUUGCUUCAGUCAACUUGAAGAUGAGGUUAUUUAUCACCUGAUAUCUGGUUGGGUGUGGAGGACAGAGACUGUACAGUAGUUUGGCAUCUGAUACAUGAAUUAUUUGGUCAAAGAUCACAGUGACUGACCAGGCUCAUUAGAUUCUUCCUGGAGUUCUACUCUCUGAUUUGGGAGAAUAAAGCAUCCAAAGCUGGGGCAGCUGGGUUUUUGUUCUAAAUGUUAUUGAUUUAACAUAGUGUUAUGUGUUCAAUCUGAACUUGUGUAACCUUUAGAUGCAGGUAUAUGGUCUUGCUUGAAGAGAAGUGCUGAUUUCUUCUUUUAUGCUUUAAAAAAAAAUAAAAAAUUAAAAGUGCUGUUCAAUAUUAGUCACAAUAUUAAAGUGCUUGUUCUUAUGGAUGAAUAUUCUAAAAGGCAGACUUUACAUCAUUUUGGAUGAAAUGCCAUACAUAAGAUGAGCCUCGAGAUAUUUUCUGUUUUUA